CUUGAUGAAGACAGUGUUAGAUGAAGUUUCAAGAUGGAAACAGCUCUAUGGGUAUCUUCUGGGCUGGUACGCAGCUCAGUAAGUAUCGUGAAGUUUUUUGUGCCAAAAAUGAUAUAUGGUUCGGCUAGAGCAGCACGUUAUUUCAUCCCUACAAGAAUUACUAACUUGAUGUCGAAAUGUGUAGAAUUUGUCGAAAUUGUCACCUCCUUCAAGACAAUUUUGGAGCAAGUUGAAGCUCUUGACCAUCAAAUAAAGGUACUCAAACAGUCGUCCAUUGAUAAUGAGGAGGAAUAUGCGAAAGCGAAACUAAUCAAUAAUGAUUUGUGUUCCAAAAUUUCAACAUUGGAACACCAGCUCAAAGAGUUGGAAGAAAAGAACGACGAAAGAAUCCUACAAGAACAGAUUAAAACCAAGGAAAUAGUUGAGAAACUUGAAUAUGAACAGCAAACGUUAUUGAAAGAAGCUGAUAGCAGGAUAUUCUCCUGUGAACAAAAGAAUGCACAGCAUAAAAAGGAACUUUGCAUGCAGAAAAUGAUCAUCGAAAAAAUUAAGGAAGACCGUGAUAAACUAUUAAAAGAAGUGCAAGAACUCAACAAUGAAUUAUUUUCUACAUCUACUAAAGCCCGAAAAUAUGAGGAACAGCUUGAAAAGUUGAAGCUCUUGACCAUCAAAUAAAGGUACUCAAACAGUCGUCCAUUGAUAAUGAGGAGGAAUAUGCGAAAGCGAAACUAAUCAAUAAUGAUUUGUGUUCCAAAAUUUCAACAUUGGAACACCAGCUCAAAGAGUUGGAAGAAAAGAACGACGAAAGAAUCCUACAAGAACAGAUUAAAACCAAGGAAAUAGUUGAGAAACUUGAAUAUGAACAGCAAACGUUAUUGAAAGAAGCUGAUAGCAGGAUAUUCUCCUGUGAACAAAAGAAUGCACAGCAUAAAAAGGAACUUUGCAUGCAGAAAAUGAUCAUCGAAAAAAUUAAGGAAGACCGUGAUAAACUAUUAAAAGAAGUGCAAGAACUCAACAAUGAAUUAUUUUCUACAUCUACUAAAGCCCGAA